AUGGGCUACGACUAUGUAAUGGUCCAUGUUAUCUACAACGUCCCAGUGGCAGUCGGGCUACCCGCUGCCUUCUGGCCCUUCAUGACGCGCCUGGACUGGACGCGAAUAUUCACCAUGGCCACGAUAGCACUCACAGCCACGGUUCCGUGGGAUUCAUACCUUGUGCGCCGCCGGAUCUGGACUUACCCCCGGGAAGCCGUGACCGGCUACAAAUUGUUGUUCCCUGCCUUUGUGCGACCAGCAGGUGGGAAAUUCUUCAGCGUGGGAAUCCUGGUCCUGGCUUGGGCUGGCGCCAUAGGUGUCAAAUACCUCCUAGAUGGAGGUCGGUACACCUACAUGGGGUUGAUUCUGGUUUGGGCUUGUCCGUUUCUGCUGGCUCAGUGGGCAAUCGCCGGCCACUUCACAUUGGCUCUCCCUCGCCGCGAGAUUCUUCUGUCAGUAAUGCUCCCAACAAUGUUUCUAUGGACAGUGGACACAUUAUCAAUGCGGCGAGGCACGUGGGUCAUCGAGUAUGGCACGAAACUGGGCCGGGAGGUAUGGAGAAAUAUGGAUAUCGAAGAAGCCGUCUUCUUUCUCCUAACAAACUUGCUAAUCGUGUUCGGGUUUGCCGCAAUCGACUUUACCAUAGCCCUAACCGAUGGCAAGCUCGCUCAAUCCAAGUCGAGUAUCCACGACGUUCCUUCCUGCGGGCAAAUCUUUCGGAACUUCGUUUUCUCGCCACAGAAACUAGAUCCUGACUUUGUGGCUCGCCUGAGCAAGGCAGUUCGAUGUUUGGCUACCAGUAGUCAGAACCGAUUUACAGCAGUGACAGCCAUCAACAAUUGUAGAACACGGCUAGCCCGUCGGUUCUCACCAGACUGGGAAGAGCAGGGGAAACCUAAGCCUUCGGAGCUGAGUGAAGCGAUAGUGGCUCUCCCCGCCUUCCGACUGCGCCUUUCGCCUCUCCAAGGUCUCCUGGAGGGGUUCCGCACCGAUACCAAGUUCGACCGCGAGAGCAGUGGUUUCCCAAUCGACUCCGAAGAGGAUGUAGACCGAUAUGCCUAUCACGUCGCAGGCACCGUGGCCGCCAGCGUGUUGGACCUCGUGUUCCACCACUUCCCCCAUCACGCGUCGGGGAACCAUGCCACUACGCAGCGAGUGAUGAUUGCAGCCGGCGAACAAAUGGGCCAAGGUCUUCAGUUGGUCAACAUCGCGCGCGACAUUGACCGGGACGCGCGGAUCGAACGGGUCUAUCUUCCUACGGCCUGGCUCAAGCACGAGGGCAUCACCCCGGCAGACGUGCUGGACAAUCUGGGUAGUGCCCCGGUGGAACGGUUGAGGAGACGCCUUCCCCAUGCCUGGACCUUUGCCUCGAUGUAUAUGGGCAUGAGUCCGUACGAGGCGCCGAGGACAUACGCGCUGCUGCAGUACUCGGAGACGGUCGACGGGAUCUGGUAUCCGCGCGGUGGAUUUCAGCGGGUCCUCCAAGCGCUCGCCGACAUCGGCCACACCCAGGGGGUCGAAUACCGGCUACGCAGCCCAGUGACCCGCAUUCUCCUCUCCGACGACCAGCACACUGCGCGGGGCGUGCGCCUGGACUCAGGCGAAAAGAUCCUGGCCGACGUCGUCAUCGUCAACGCGGACCUCGUCUACGCAUACAACCACGUCCUCCCGCCCUGCCCGUAUGCCGCCGGGCUCACGCAACGCCCGACCUCCUGCAGCAGCAUCUCCUUCUUCUGGGCGGUGGACACGCCGCUGCCCCAACUCCGCCCGCACAACAUCUUCCUGGCCGAGCACUACCGCGAGAGCUUCGACGCGAUCUUUAUCCAUCACAGCAUUCCCGCCGACCCGUCCUUCUACGUCAACCUCCCCAGCCGGAUCGAUCCCACCGCCGCGCCGGAGGGCAUGGAAGCGCUGGUCGUGCUGGUUCCGGUGGGCAGUCUGCGCAGCUCCGGAGAAGGGAGUCACCAGGAUCAAUGGGCAGAGGAGAUCGUCGUCGCAAAUACCCGCGAGCUGGUCCUGCGCACCAUUGAGUCCCGCACGGGGAUCCGGAACCUCAGCGCACACAUCCUCCACGAGACGUACGAGACCCCGCUAACGUGGCGGACUAAGUUCAAUCUCGAUCGCGGCGCGAUCCUGGGCCUGUCGCAUUCCUUCGGCAAUAUGUUGAACUUCCGGCCUGCGAUGAAGCACGCGAGCAUUGAUGGGUUGUACUUCGUCGGCGCGAGUACGCAUCCUGGGACAGGCGUGCCGAUCUGUCUUGCGAGAGCGAAGUUGGUUGCGGAGCUGGUUAAGCGGGAUGUCGAGUCUGUGGAGAGCAGUGAUAGGGAUAGGGCUACAGGGCGGGUUCUCUGGGGUAUACUGUUGGAGAUGCUUGGUGUUGCUGUCGCGGCCGGCGAUGAGCAUUGA